AUGAAGUUCCUCAUUGUCUUCGUCGCCCUCUUCGCCCUGGCCCUGGCAGCGCCUGUUGAUGAUGUCAAAAUUGUGCGUCUGGACUCAGAUGUCCAGCCUGACAGCUACAAAUAUGGUUUGGAGACAUCCGAUGGCACCCAAAAGGACGAACAGGGUCAGCUGAAGAACAUUGGCACAGAACAAGAGGCUAUUUCCGUUAAGGGCUCAUUCUCCUUCGUUGCCGAUGAUGGUCAGACCUACGUGGUCAACUACAUCGCCGACGAGAACGGUUUCCAGCCCCAGGGCGCUCAUCUGCCCGUCGCCCCCGUUGCCUAAGAAGCAAUAUUAAAUGUGAAAUAAAUUGAU